AUGUUAACAUUUAUUCAUAGCGAUAAUAAUGUUGUAUAUAAUAAUAAUUAUAGUACGAAUAACUAUAUUCAAAAUAUAAGAUGUACAUAUAUUGAUCCACUAGUUGUAUUGAUUAAAGAUUCCGAUUAUUUUAAAAGAUUCUAUAGAGAUGUUACAUAUCAAUAUGAUAUUGUUUAUUUUAUUACAAAGUUGCUUUUUGAUUAUGAUAAUCAAUUGUAUCAAGAUGAAUUGAUUGCUUCAAGAUUGUCUGAUAUAAAAAGUGGUUUAGCAAGUUUCUUUACUUAUUAUCAGCCACAUGACGAAACAGAGUACAAAGACCUCUAUCAUCAUAAUUGUCUGUUGUUUGAAGACUGUCGAUAUCUCAACUAUCUGAAAUCAUUCUGUGGUGAGACUGACUUGCGUCGUCAGUUUAUGAACAUCCUUUUCUACCAGAAUCGCUAUUACUCAAAGAUGUUCUGCCAACACUACACCAAUAUCAAUCAGUGUUUCAACAUUGAAUCGCUAGCCAUUGAAAUGAUCAACAACGACACAACAUCAAAUCCAAGUGUAUCCAACCUGAUACUUGCAAUGUUAAAUAGUAACGCUGACAUUCUCUCUAAACUCUCAUUAAACAACAAUAAUAAUAAUAUUAAAAAUGAUAUCUUAAAUUUUAUGUAUUCUAAAUGUUCAGUUAUAACAUUUGUAGAGUUUAUUAGAUAUUUUGGAAUGCUUAAAGAUUACUUUGAAGUGAAUGAAUACAAUAUCUCAUUGGUGAGAUCUAGUUUGAGUAGAUACAACUCGGAGGAUUACAUGGCGAGACUGGCGCGAGAUGACAGAUUCCAGAUGUCAUUGGCAAUGGCAAGUCAGUUGUUUGGUCGUUUCAUAUGGUCGGAGGCAGAAUUGGUACAGCUUAUCACAUCGAGAAUAGAUAUCGAUUCACGCUACAAGUUUAUCAGUGGUUUGGAUGGAACUGUGUUGAUGUCAGAGGAGAUCGAUCAGCUGAUGAGCAAGAGUCUGUCGUUUAGCGAUCUCGAGUCGCUUGCAGUCGUAGAGCUCUAUCAAUCACGAUCACUCACAAUCACCGAUAAUCUCUAUACAAACAUCUUGAACAAAGUACCAAGGCAUCACUUGUACUCGAUCUUUCAAACAAGAGUGACACCACAGUAUCAACAAUCGGUCAUCAAGUCACUGGUAUAUCUCUAUCACCUCAAACAAAACAUCAAGUUUAUCAACUUGAUCUUCCAGUAUCUAUGUAUACUAAGUUCACUGGAUAAACAAUUCGUAGUACAAGUAUACAAUAGAUAUAGAGAUCUCUUCCAAUUGUUCUUUACCAAAGAUAAUUGUAAUAUCUCGAUUGUCAACAACAACAACAAACGUUCAUCUGCAAAGAGAACCAGCAAAUCUACUACUACUUCCACUACUAAUACAAACGUUAAUGCUAAUGGAAAUGGUAAUGGAAAUGGGAAUGUUCAAAGCGAUGAGAAUAGCGAUAAUAAUAAUAUGUAUAGUCACAGUUCAAGUUAUACAUAUAAUGUAGAUUACAAGUUGACAGAUAAUUUCUUUGUUCACACAUUCAAAAUUAGAAAAGAUUACUGGAAUAGUGUGGCGUCAUGUCUAACGCAAGACAAUGUUGCUUUUAUCAUGGAGAAUGUAUUUGCAGAGCGUUCUAGCAUUUCCUCGGAAUUGGUUGAGUUUAUCAUGGCUACCAGUUCACCAAAGGACACCAUAAACUAUUGUAUGACGACUGUAAAUGCAAGAAAGUUUGUUGUUAACGAUAGUUCUGUUACCGAUAACAUCGAAUUCCUAUCACUCUACCUUGAGGAGCUAUUCAAGUUAAAGUACGACGUCAUCAUUGCACAUCCAAAUCAAGACAUUCUCAAGGAAUUGAUAUUCAAGACAGCCAGACACAAUCCAAGCUUCAUCUCGAAAAUCCAAACAUUACCACUAUCCAAUAUUAUUACCUAUAUAGAUGAUUUAGAAUAUCUUUAUAAGUUCUUUAUCAACAACAACAACAAUAAUAAUCGCAAUAAUAAUAUUUGUUGUAGUAAACAAUUCAACUUUAUGAUUUUAAAAGAUAUUGUAAUGUUGUUAAUGUUUGAUAAACAUAUCGAUACUAAAUGGAAGAUGGCAUUGUCAACGGUAUCAAAGGAGUUUCAUCAGAUUUGCUCAACGGUUCUAUCUAGUUAUCCGGUUGCUUCUUUGGAGAUAAAGAGUCGUAUAGAUGUUGGUCGUCCUUACUGUCUUUUCAAGAUACCACCAUUGCAUUUGGCAAUCACAGAGAUACAGUUUGUACCCGAUGAAUAUAAGCAAGUGUGUCUCAAUAGUUUGCAGUCGUUGACACAGUAUUUCUACAGUUGCAUACAUGAGGGAUCGAUAGUUUGGGAGUUGAUAGGCGCCACAGACCUGCGAGUACUCAAUAUCGUGCAAACCAGCAUCAACAAAUCGAUAGUCAACCAACAAAACUCUGGUAGAAAACUGUCGAAAACAACCAAGCAGAUCAUUACCACCCAUAGAUGCAGUGGAGUAACACAAAACUUUGACAGGGAAGGCAAUUUCACUGGCCAGGUGUAUCCUGUCAACUAUGGCCACGGCUAUGGAACCGAUGACUGGACAUUCGGACAAGCCAAUCACUUUAUGAAAUCGAUCGUCAAUCAUUAUAACAACGCCAAGCUGGAGGUGGUAAAGUAUGUCGGUACUCACAACCACAAGGAGGAUGUUAUCGACCAUCGUGCAACUCACUACUUUCACUCACUGCCGAUGCUCAACGUCCUCAAGCACUCUAUGCCAACGCUGCACAUCGAUGUUAACGUACCGGAUUGUGAGCUGGAUUUUGAGGUGAACUCUGAAGAGCGAUCGCUCAUAACCAAGUUCACCAACAAAUAUAACCAAGCACCACUCAGAUUUGGCGGACCACAACAGGAGCAGCUCCUCAGCUUGGCGCGAUUCGUUCACGACUACAAGAAACCACCGAGUAACAAUAUCAUGCAGAUCCUCAACAAUGCACCGAACAUCAGAAAGUAUACGAUUGUCAACUCACUCAAAGAGGAGCAUCUACAGUGCUUGCAAUCCAGAGAUAUCUCAACGUUGGUAAUCAAAUUCACCUUUGAUAGUUCGCAACAAAGAAAGGUGCCAAAGAAAAACAUCACCCUUGCCGAUAUCAAUAGAAUCUUUGAGAUUCUGGAUCGACCAGAGUACCAAUCCAUCCAGUUGGUUAAACUAACGAUUGAACUUCAAUUCGGUCCUCCAAAUGGCAACAAAGUUCGGAGUUCAAUGAUCAAUCAAUUCCACCUGACAAACAACAUCAUCAACCUUCAAACUUUUAAACCACUAGAUUUUUCACUUUGUAAAUUCUACAGAUAA